GAUUUUAUUCACAUGUACUACUGUCGAGCCAGGCAUCCUCCAUUCUUUAUCUUUGCAUUUCAUUUUUCCUGCCUAAUCCCUGUGAACUUCAUUUUGUUAGUGUUGGCCCAUCUCUCUAAUCUGUUAAGAUUGUGUUGAAUUCUAAUCCUAUGUUCUGAAGUAUUAGCUAUGCCCCUCAACUGCAACAUUACAGUCCUCUGAAAAGACUAAGAACUAACUCAUGGAACUGCAAAUGCUGGAUUUUCGAUGAUGAAGCCAUGGAAGUUAGAGUGCUAUUAUAUAUACCCCAUCUAGCUGGUUUCUAUAUUCCUUAUAUCUAUUAGUAUUCAUUCUGCUUAAUCAGUGUAUUUUAUUCUUGUUUUAUUUUACAUGCAGUAUAAUGUCAGCUCAAGAGAUAUAUGCUAUAAGGACGAUAAUAAAAAAACAUACUUAAAUUGUUAUGCUGAUGAGAGCGUGGAUGCCUGUUGACAACAGUAGUCAUUCUUUAUUUCAUGAGGAGAGAAGGGAAGAGGCAGGGAUCAUAUGACAGCUGAGAAGUACAGGAGUUUACUUAGUUCAUAUUGGAUUGUCUCAUGCUCUAUGAUUACUUCAGGCAAUGUACAUAUAAAAAGAAUUUAAUACAGAAAGCUGAAUAAUGAAAUCUAGCAAAUUGUAAUACAAUAAUAUUGAGAACUGCUAUUUUCUUUCAAUCUACAUUAGCACACACAAGUCCUGUGAAGUGAUAUUCAAAAUAUGAAUCCACUUAGAACAGCACUCUGAAAGGCACGGUGUUGCUUCUACUCUUUGCCCACACUUGAAAGGAGUUGUCCAAAGUGCUGAAUCUUAUUUCCCAGCACUAGGUUCAGCACCUUGGAUAAUGCAUUGGAUUGCAACUCAGAACAGAUUUCCUGCCUACUGACAUUAAAUCUACUUGCUUCCACUAGCUCUAUUUCUGAAUUUUGUACUCCAAAUAGGACAUUCCUUGCUGUCCCUUACUUUCCCACAGCUUCUGGACCUUCUUCUGAUGAUGUCCUAAAUUGUUGGGAGCCCAUUUGUUGUCUAUUCCUGCAUUGGAUGUCCUUCUGGUCUCUAUGAGUCUAUGAAUUCAUUGGACUUGCCUAUAUGUUCACUAAUAUAGAUUGAAUGCUUCUGGAACAGUACCAUCUCAGACUAUAAAACUUGUUCAUAUUAGUAUUCUUUUGUCACCUACCAAACUCUUUCCUACUUCAUUUCAGACCAAAAUUUUCUCCAUAAAUUAAAAUUUGCUCCAUUCCCCAUUUAUAAUUUUUUAAAAAGAAAAAUGUGUUCAUCUUAGUGAACAUUUAGGCUCUGGUUGGUGGAAGGCUAUGCUAUUUUGACAUUUGAAUAUCAUGCUCCCCCCUCCUCAUAUCCUUUAUCUUUGUUCUACUUUAAUAACGGUCAGUACAGAUGGCAUAGAUAUUAUUGGUGGGAAGGCUACAUAGAGAGUGUAGCCAAACAGAUAUGAGAUAUGUUUCUGAAGCCUUGUGACUCCUGAAACCCUCAUCUCCUUUCUCCUGUCACUACUUCCUCAACUGAAAGCUUUAUAAGAGGCUAUCUGCUUUAUCUCAGUCAUCUGUCAUAUUCCACUGGCUCCUACUGCUACACAAGUAGAAUACUUUGAGUAUACGAAAAAAAGAAGAAGCCAUAAUUCAAGAACAGGAGAUUUCAUCAUGACUCAGCUGAAUAUAACACCAUGGCUUCAGUUUACUGACAGCAUAGAAGCAUUUCAAGGCCAAAACAGCACUUCAGAGAUCUUCGAGGAUGAAAUAUUUGAGAUUUUAAAACUUAUAUUACUAUUUUACAUAGCUGCCAGUCUUAUCUCAAUCAUAUGUAUAUUUGGGCUGGUGGGGAAUGCAAUUGUCAUCUGGUACCUCUGUUUUCUUAUUAAAAAGAAUCCCAUCACCACCUAUGUCUUAAAUUUGGCUGCAGCUGACUCUGGAGUGCUGCUUUCUUUGGGAUUUAUAUGCAUAAAGAUCUUUUCAAUAUCUCUAGAUAUUCAUUCCUGGCUUUUACACUGUUUUUUCCUCACUUAUACCAGUAGCCAAUAUCUUCUGACAGCCAUCAGCGUUGAAAAAUGCUUGUCUGUUGUUUUCCCAAUUUGGUAUCGAUGUCACCGGCCCAAAUACCUAUCUGCCCUUAUUUGUACCUUGCUAUGGAUCAUGUCCUGUCUGAUGCUUGGAGAGUUAUUUUCAUUCGUAGUAGAAAAUUCAGAUUUGGUGAAUCAAAUCACCAGUAUUGUUAACUUCAUAGUUUGUACUCCUGUUGUGAUAAUUUGUACUAUUCUUCUUUUUAUUAGAACAUACUGUAGUGUAUAUCAACAUCAACGAGGCAAGUUCUAUGCUGCCCUUCUGCGUAUACUUCUUAUUUUCAUUUUCUUUGGUACCCCACUCAGUAUUGCAUUCAUUCUACUCUACUUUGAUUCUUUAAAUUAUGUUCAUUCUUCAUAUCUGUUCAUAAUAUCUGUAAUAUGUGCCUCCAUCAAUAGCAGUGUCAAUCCAUUGAUUUAUUUCCUAAUUGGGAGGAAAAAAAUGAAGCGGUCUAGAGAAACCUUCAGAUUGGUCCUCCAAAGCAUUUUCAGUGACAACAUUGAUUGCAGAGUUGGUGGGCAACCUGUCUCUGUGGAAAAAUAAAUAAAGAGGGAUUGAAGCACAGUCCAGAAGUGUGUGUAUGUUUGUGUGUAGGGGGUAUCCUAUUGUAUGUCAGCCUGUUCAGCCUGUGAUUGUGCCUGAUGCUCAUGAUGGGAAUGAUGAUCAGGAUGAUGUUCAUGAUGGGAAUGAUGAUCAUGUUGGUAUGCAUAAUGGGAAUGGGAAUGAUGUUCCUGGUGAUGGGCUUGGGCCGGAGUUAAGUUCAGAAGAGAGACCUGAGGAAAGUCACAUUUCUAGGAAAGACCUUUCACCACUUUUCUCAGAGCAACAGCCUAAAAAUGAUGCUGGGAUUGCUUUGCCAGGUGCAGAGGGAAAGCAUAGUGAAACCUUGGACAGAAAGCAAAGUUUUAGAGGCAGAACCUUCGGAAUCUCAGGCGGUCUGCUCAUUUACAACAACAGAAAGAUAACAACCUAUUAUCUAGUGGGAAAGUAAGAAAGUCUGCUUUCUGGAAAGGGUUUAUAAUGAUUCAUGGGAGACUAGUGUCUCAGUCGAGUCAACAUCUUUAAUUCAUGCUGGUAUCAUUUUCAAGUGCUCCAUGUUCCAUCUAUCAAAUUGUUGCCAAGCUUAAGAUUUUUUGCCUGAGAGUUCCUGCUGUUUUGGUUUCUUGUUUUCAUGUGCCUUGCUUUAUGGAUUUCUAUGUACUAAUGGACCUGGUUUCCUUCUAAAGUUUAUGGAUUAUCUUGGAUUUUGGACUUAUAUUGCUCGCCUAGAGCAUCUUGGAUGGAGGGCGAUUAAUAAGUAAUUAAAUGAUGAUUAUGAUGAUAUUGUUUUAUUAUUUUUAUUGCUUUGCCUACAUAUAUUCUCCAAUAAACUGCUUGCUGAUUUUA